CCAUGCUCCGCUCCCAGAGGGUCAUUUGAACUGUAAAGGAGAACCGCCGAGGGGGGCGAGGGGACCUGGAGAGAGAGGCUUCCCAAACGACUCUGCCGAGGCUCCUCCGCCCCCUCCAAGAUGAUGCUUAGCCCGGACCAAGCUGCCGACUCCGACCACCCCUCUUCGGCUCCCUCCGACCCGGAGUCUCUGGGCGGCGCGGACGCGCAGUCGCUCAGCUGCUGCAUCUCGGACCCGGAGCCCGCCGAGGGCGGUGGCGGCGGUGGUGGCGGCGGGGAGGGCCGAGGCAGCGGCGGGGAGGGCAGGGGCGGGGGCCGGCCCGGUCUGCACCCUCCGCCGCUGAGCCGGGAGGAGAAGCGACGGAGGCGACGAGCCACGGCCAAGUACCGCUCGGCCCACGCCACGCGAGAGCGGAUCCGUGUGGAGGCCUUCAACCUGGCCUUCGCCGAGCUGCGCAAGCUGCUGCCCACCCUGCCCCCCGACAAGAAGCUCUCCAAGAUCGAGAUCCUGCGCCUCGCCAUCUGCUACAUCUCCUAUCUCAACCACGUCCUGGACGUGUAAGCGCCCCGACGGACCCCCGGAGAUCCAGACACCUCCCCCCUCUCUCAGCCCCGCCGCCGCUGCCCCGGGUCCGGGCGAACGGGUAGCGGCGGGUAGUGCCUGCCCCGGGGGCGGAAGGAGUUGUCCCCGCAGCCUGCCCAUCUCCCCCGCACGCUGUGGCCGGCGGGGUGCCCGGUUUUCG